AUGAGUGCAGAAGCUGGAAAGAAGCGUGGUCAUGCUCCCACCUCUGGGGACAGGAAGUCUAAGAAGAAGCUGAAGAGGAAGGAAACCUAUUCAGUCUAUAUCUACAAAGUACUGAAGCAGGUGCACCCAGACACCGGCAUCUCCUCUAAGGCCAUGAGCAUCAUGAACUCCUUUGUCAACGACAUCUUCGAGCGGCUGGCCUCAGAGGCCUCACGCCUGGCCCAGUACAAACACCGCUCCACCAUCACCAGCCGUGGGGUGCAGACGGCCGGGAGGCUCCCGCUGACUGGGAAGUUCAUAUUCCCAUUUGCUUUCUACGUGACCCUUGUGCGGCUGGCGCGGGCGGCAGAGCGGCUGUGUCAGGACAGCCUACAAGCCAGGUUCAUGGAGGAGGCUCAGAUGGAUGUGGAGUGUUGA